GAAGGCGACUCGUUGUCCUGGACUUGUAGAGACAUGACUCUCCAGCCUACAAGCGGCCCACAGCAGAACCAGUCCAACGGAGCGGUUUGCCCCGACCUGCUGGACUGGGAGUGGCUCCACGCCGGGCAGCCGGUGUACAUCGUGCUCAUCACGGUGCUGGGAGCCGUGCUCAACGUGUUUGUGCUCCUGGUCUUCUGGCUCCACAAGAAGGCCUGCACGGUGGCCGAGGUCUACCUGAGCAACCUGGCGGCCGCCGACCUCGUCCUGGUGUCGUGUUUGCCGUUCUGGGCGGUCAACAUCUCCAACGGGUUCAAUUGGCCGUUUGGCCUGUUCAUGUGUAAAGUCGUCAACCUGGGCAUUAAGAUGAACACCUACUGCACCAUCAACUUCCUGGUUCUGAUCAGCAUGGACCGCUACGUGGCGCUGGUGCACACCUUGUCCCAUGGCAGAAUGCGCCGGACUAAAUAUGCCAAGCUGGGCUGUCUGCUGAUGUGGAGCUUCGGCUUUCUCCUGAGCGUCCCCACAAUCGUCUUCAGGGAUGUGGAAUACUUCCCCGAGUACGGCGUGACUGCGUGCUUCCUGGAGUACCCCAACCUCGCCGCUGCGCUGUUCUUCGAUGUGAUGUUGAUCGUUUUUAGCUUCAUUGUCCCCAUUUCCAUUAUCUCAUUCUGCACUGUCAAGAUUAUUCAGGCGUUGAAGGUCCAGGUGAUCGGGAGGUUCAAUGCUGAGAGAACGGAGCAGAAGGCCACCCAUCUGAUGCUGGCGGUGCUUCUGGCGUUCCUGAUCUGCUGGGUGCCGUUCCACGCGGUCACCAUCCUGGACGUGCUCUCACGAGCCGACAUCCUGAGAGGGUGUGCCCUCGAGUCGGUCCUAGAAAUCUGCAAUCAGAUCUUCACCUACUUGGCCAUGUUCAACAGUGUUCUCAACCCCAUCGUCUACGUUAUUGUAGGAAAGAACUUUCGGAAAAAGGUUUUUGAAAUCUUCAAGGAGUGGAAUAUGAAGAAAACAGUGACAUCUGAGUCCUUGCGUUCAUCAAACCUGUCCUCCACACUGAAGACGUUGGCAUAAGGUAGGCUCCAGAAGCUGUUCCCGUUCUCAGGCGACUCUGUAGCCUCGUGGUGGUCUGGUGUAAAGUCCUUGAUGAUAAGCUGAUUCUUUAUUAGAUCUGGAGCAGAUGUAAUUGUAUUGCAGGCCUCAUGGGACCAAGUCACCCUUCCUCAAAUCACUCUUUGACGACAUUGAUCGUCUUAAAAAGAUGAACAUGCUUUAAUUCAUUUUAAAUGAUGUGGUUAUAUGUUUACGGCCUUACAAGGCUUGAUUAUUUGUUCCCUUUCAAACGGUUUUACCACAUGCAAUAAACAACAGCUGGCCUCUUGUUUCAAACAUUUGCAAACAUAAAUAUAUUAGUUGUACAGGUGGUGUGAUAUAAAUCAGCCCAGUUGCUGUAAAUUACUUAUUUGAAUACUGUUAUAUAUUCUGUAUUACAUUGCUUAUCACUUAUAUUGUAAAGAGUACCAGUACAUGUCUUUCAAAUAAAAGGUCAAAUCACA